AGCCAAGCGAGUGUUCUGAAAAAAAACCCAGUGUCGUUUAAAAAAGCUGCAAAAUGGAAAAGGUGACCAAUUCCGCGGCCGCUAAGCCUCAAGGCAACAACAAAAAGCAGGAAAGCGCUUAUAACGGCGCAGGUAAAGACAAGAAGAAGCCCAAUCUAGAUAUAGAAACGACUGAUUCCGAUUUGCUAUCUGAUAUGCACCUCGACGGGACCACGGAGCAGAAGGUGGGGACCCUUUUCUCUAAAGUAUUCGAGGACACCGGUCCAUCAACCGCCAAGACCGCAGAUCGCAAGCGACGUCUUCAGGCCGAGGCGGACGCCAACAAUAAUGAUACCGAAAAAGCCAGUAAGUUGGCCAAGGAAUCGGUAGCUACUCAAGGAGCCAGCGCCACCGAACGCAAGCAAGCAUUUAGUCUGGGACUGGAGCACACCUCGCCGAUCCAGGUUAAUGGCGCUGCUUUGGCCUGCCCGUUGGUGCGCAAAUCGCUGCCCCCAGGGGAGGCCAAUUCCUGUCCUCCGCCGCCCAAAAGGGACCCAGCAGCCGUGAAGUCAGCAGUUAAAAUAAUUAAGGUUAAAGCCCCCGAAGAGGGCAAUAAUAACAAUGAUGAAAAGGAGAUGUCAACCGAAACAUCAGAACCUCACAAAACCGACAGCGUCGAAGAGGGUCGUCGCGUCGUGAUGUGGAUAAUCUUUCCGAUCAAAACUAAAUUCUUCUUUAAAUACUUCUGGGAGCAAACCGCCUGCCUGGUGCAGCGCACGAAUCCCAAAUAUUUUCAAAGUCUAAUAUCAUUCAAGAUGCUUGACGAAAUACUGAUUCGCCAUAAUUUGGACUUCACCGUCAACCUUGAUGUGACCACUUACAAGAACGGCAAGCGUGAGACACUGAAUCCUGAGGGUCGUGCCUUGCCACCAGCUGUGUGGGGCUUUUAUUCGGAAGGCUGCAGCAUUCGUUUACUACAUGCUUCUGCCUAUCUAACUCGCUUGCGUGAGGUGUGCACCGUUUUGCAGGAGUUCUUUCAUUGCAAGGUGGAGGCAAAUAUGUACCUAACCCCACCCAAUAGCCAGGGCUUUGCGCCCCAUUACGAUGACAUCGAGGCCUUCGUUAUCCAAGUGGAGGGACGCAAGCGCUGGCUUUUGUACGAUCCGCCCAAGGAGGCCGAUCAUCUGGCCAGGAUCUCGUCGGGCAACUAUAAUCAAGAACAGCUGGGUAAGCCCAUAAUUGAUGAGGUACUAAGCGCCGGCGAUGUGCUAUAUUUGCCCAGAGGCACCGUUCACCAGGCCAUCACCGAGGAGCAACAGCACUCUCUGCACAUUACCUUGAGUGUGUACCAACAGCAGGCAUAUGCCAAUCUCCUAGAGACACUAAUGCCCAUGGUUCUCAAGAAGGCCGUCGAUCGGAGUGUGGCCUUGCGUCGUGGCUUGCCGCUGCACACAUUUCAAAUUUUGGGCAAUGCCUACAAGGCAAAUGACUGCGGGUCGCGCCAACUUCUGGUGGAGAAUGUGCAGAAGCUGGUGGCCAAAUACUUGAUGCCCUCCGAAGAUGAUAUUGAUGAGGCCGUCGACCAGAUGGCCAAGAAGUUCCAGCACGAGGCACUUCCACCGAUCGUAUUGCCCUCGGAGGAGGUCCGCACUGUUCAUGGGGCCCGCAGUGGCGCCGAUGAUCAGGGCAACUGCGUCUGCGAUUACAAAUUCAAUGAAAAGACAUCCGUGCGUCUGCUGCGCGCCAACAUUCUGCGUCUGGUCACCGAGCCCGAUGGCAGCGUGCGUAUCUACCACCAUGCGGACAAUGGACUGGAUUACUGCAAGUACGAGCCCUAUUUCAUGGAGAUUCUGCCAGAGGAAGCUAAAGCCGUUGAACUCCUCAUAUCGGCCUAUCCAUAUUACCUCACCAUUGACCAGUUGCCAUUGAAGUCUUCGGCUCGCAAGGUGGAGGUCGCCACCGCCCUGUGGGAGCAUGGUCUUCUUAUGACCGAGAAGCCGUUUAAGUAGACGGCAAUCGAAGGCGAGGUGCUGUUGAUAAUUAGUAUUUAGUAUCGAUGCGAAUGUGUGCCUUAAAAACCACCGUAAAUUAUUACUUUUGUAUAAAUAUUUAACAAGAUUUGUAAUGCUCAAACUCGGCCGAAAUAAAACCACUACAUUCGUCAUA